GUGUGGCAAGCUUCUAAUAUAAAAAGGGUUGAAGCUAGACACUCUCAUCAGCUUCCUUAUGUAGGUGAAGUCUGCAUUUUUGACAGUUGAAGGAAGAGGUUAAGUGGGAUAAUAUAUCUACACAAAAAUGAGCAACUUUGGACAUGGAUUGCUUGAAAGAGUCAAGGCUGCCAAGCCUUUCUUUGCUGUUAUUUUCUUGCAAUUUGGGCUUGCAGGCAUGGAUAUUCUCUCCAAGGCUGCACUAAACCAGGGGAUGAGCAACUAUGUGCUCGUUGUCUACCGCCACGUAGUUGCCACUGCUGUCGUUGCCCCUUUCGCGCUGAUCCUGGACAAAAAAAUAAGACCGAAGAUGACGCUUCCAAUCUUCAUCAAGAUAAUGCUGCUCGGCCUACUGGAGCCAGUUAUUGACCAAAAUUUGUAUUUCAUGGGAAUGAGGUACACAACAGCAACGUUUGCAGCAGCUAUGUGCAACAUUCUCCCUGCCCUUACUUUUGCAAUGGCUUGGAUUCUUAGGCUUGAGAAAGUAAAGUUGAAAUGCAUCCGCAGCCAAAGUAAGGUGUUUGGGACUGCAGCAACAGUUGCAGGUGCCAUGAUCAUGACACUGGUGAAGGGGCCACUGUUAGAUUUGUUUUGGACCAGAGGAACAACUAGCCAUGAACAGCAAACAGGUGGGGCUGUAAGCCUCCAAAGCUCAAUCAAAGGUGCCAUAAUGAUCACAAUAGGCUGCUUCUGCUGGGCCUGUUUCAUGAUUCUGCAGUCAAUCACAUUAAAAACAUACCCAGCUGAGCUCUCCCUUUCAGCUUGGAUAUGCCUGAUGGGCACACUGGAAGGAACUGCUCUAGCGUUGGUGAUGGAAAGGGGAAACUCUGCCGUUUGGGCUAUCAAAUGGGACGCAAAGUUAUUAGCAGCUUGUUACAGUGCCGUUUUCUGUUCUGGGCUAGCUUAUUACAUUCAAGGAAUUGUGAUGAAAUACAGAGGCCCUGUGUUUGUGACAGCUUUCAGUCCCCUAAGCAUGGUUAUUGUUGCUGUCAUGAGCUCCUUCAUUUUGCGCGAGCAACUGUAUCUGGGAAGGCUACUCGGUGCUGCAGUCAUAAUCACCGGCCUAUAUAUGGUUGUAUGGGGGAAAAGCAAAGAUUACAAGUCCGAAACACCGACAAUCGAAGAGGAAGUAGCAUCAACAAAACAAGCACAAGCAAAAGAAAAUCCCAACCUUCAGGCCAUCACAAUUGCAUCGUCUGGCGAAUGAAUUGUAACGAAAUGACCAAAUGACUAGAGGAAUCUAAUAUCUUCAUAAAUUUUUGCUUUCCUCAUUUCUUUCAUCAUCCACAGUUCCUAAAGAUAACAAUAGUUAUAAACAUUGCAGCACUGAAGGUGAUGCAAGGAAAAUGACAAUAGUACCAGAAGAAAAAAAAGAAUUUAUGUUCAA